CCGCAGGCUGUCCCUUUCUCCUCUGCGUCAACACCAGACGAUCCCCAGAAAGGCCCUUAAUACCAAUUGAAGUGGAAAACCUCCCCAAGUUAUCGACCAAACCACCCUUCCUUCCCUCUUCCAACUUCCCCCACCUUCCCCUUUCCCCAUCUAAUCCAACACCAUGACCGUCUUGUCUUCCUCCUCCUCCUCCCCUUCUUCUGUUCAACUUCUUCUCCUCUUGUUUUCUCUUCUCCUCGCAUCCCUCACUGCCCAAUCCCCCGGCUCCCCGCCCACCGGCACUACCAUCUACGACCUCCUCCCCGAGUACGUUCUCCCGUCGGGCCUCCUCCCCGACACUGUCAAGUCCUUCUCCCUCGCGGAGAACGGGAGCUUCGCCGUGGAGCUCUCCGGCCCCUGCUACAUCGACUUCGAAUACCUCGUCUACUACGAGCCCAAGAUCUCCGGCGUCGUCAAGUACGGCGGCAUCGAGGACCUCAAGGGCGUCAAGGUGCGCCGCUUCCUCAUCUGGUUCGAUGUGGAUGCCAUCAAGGUCGACCUGCCUCCAUCCGAGUACAUCUACUUCCAGGUGGGGUGGAUUACCCGCAAGCUCCACGUCGAUCAGUUCCAGACGGUGCAUUCGUGCAAGGCGAAUCAGGGGUUCCUGGAAAGCGCCGAGGAGGUUUUCGAUUGGUCGAUAUAGCUCUGUGAUAUCUCCCAGCCAAUGCCAUAGAUCAAGCUGGAGACCAUUGGAAGAUACAGUUAGGCAAUUCAAGGCAGCCUAGCUAGCGAUGUAACUGUCAUUUGGCAUCUCUACAACCGUAUGAACCUUUGGCAUGAAGAUAUCCUUCCUUAUGUCACUUACCUAAGCUUCGUAAGUGGUGGUUCAAUCCAUCUAAAUAACAUUACUCUUUCUUUC